ACUUGGUUUUCAUUUCCGGGUCUUUUAGCGCGUUUCCGGGUUAGACUCCGGCAAAGCUGCCUUCCGCUGUUUGACUGGGCGACCUUGCGGCUUCGGGCGGGCGGUUUCCUCGAGCAAGCAGCCGUCACCAUGUCUUACUGGAGGCAAGCUGGGCUCAGCUACAUCCGCUACUCUCAGAUCUGUGCAAAAGCAGUAAGAGCAGCCCUGAAACCUCAGUUUAAAACAGAGGCAGAGAAAGCAGCUGAAAGCCAUGUAAAAAUAAUAAAACCCAAAAAGGAAUAACACAGAACCCAUUCUCUAAAAGAAAAAAUGACAACUCGUUGGUAUGGACAGCUGCUUCCUCUUUUAUGAAACCGCCAUGUAUAGAUAUAAACGAACCAUGCCAAUAAAUGAAACUUAAUACAAAUGAUUUUAGUGAUUAUAUUUUAUCAAGCAAUAAUAAAAUAACUCUUCAAGGAA